AAACUACAUUUCCCAAUCCAGCCGCGCCUAAAGGGAUCCCGGGCUGUGGGUCCACGCAGGUUCAUGUUUAUGGCUGUAUGAAGGUUUUCUGCACUGCGUUAAAAAGCGGCUGUUGUCAAGGAUGGACUUUCCAGAAGGUUUCAACCAGCUGGAGCUGCUGCAGACUCAUGGUCACAUGAUCCCAGUAGGAACAGAAAGUGCCUGGGAGGAGGAAACGGGUGAGGACGAUGAUGACUAUGAUGAAGGACAGCACAGCGAGGAGUGGUACGAGCAGCAGGAGGUUAAGCUGAAGGACAGUCCGGCAGAGCUGAUGCUCUGGGCUGCAGAGAAGAACAGGCUGGCAACAGUGAAGCGUCUCCUGGAGUCUGAUCCUUCCUUGGUUAAUUGCCGUGACGACGAUAGCUACACCCCUCUUCAUCGUGCAGCGUACAGUGGCCAUCUGUCUGUGGUCUCGGCUCUUCUGGACGCAGGGGCGGAGCUUCACGCACGGACGGUGGACGGCUGGACUCCACUCCACAGCGCCUCCCGCUGGGGGCACACCGCCAUAGCGUCCUGUUUACUGCGCCGGGGGGCAGAGGUCAACGCUGUGACGACGGGCCGGCUCACGCCCCUUCAGCUUGCAGCGGGAAACCCUGCAGCAGCACUGACUUUGGAGCUGCUGCUGUCACAGCGCUCCCUGCAGGUCGGACUGAAGAACAGCGCCGGAGAAACGGCGUGUGACAUUGCGCUCCGAACGAGUGCACACUACAGCCUGUUCGAAAUGAAAGAACCGUGCAACAACGUUCACUGACCAGUUAUGGAAUUAAAUGAUACUGUAAAAAAAACUGUGAAUGUUAACUGAUAGUUUAAAUUCUGAUCUUCUUUUUAUUCACAAAAUAAAAACAGGACCAGAACUGAACCUUGUGGAACACCCUGGAAUACAUUUGUUUAAAUAACAAGAGAUACAUUUUCCAUAUAAAUAAUAUCAAAAAUAAGGGAUGCCCUGAUCAGGUAAUUUUGCCCCUUAACCCGAUCCAAAUCUCUUAAUGUUCAGUACCAGACACUCCACUAACGAUCCAAUCUUUCUAUAAAUAAUACGUGCUGCUGAUUAUUCUGAAGUAAAAUUCAAAUUUUUCAUUCUGAACUGAUUUAUUUCAUUUAGUAGUGUUUACUGUUUUAUAGUGUGUUUAAUAUCUUCUAAUCAAGUCUGACUGAUUUAUCUUAUCCUUCAGUUCCCCGUUCCUUCAGUCAAAACACUGCAGCCAGGUCAUCCACCCACUCUAGACUAAUAUCUGCUGUUGUUUGUCGACUACCGAUGCAAAAUUAUCAGCAAGGUGAAUCUCUGAAUGCUCUGAUUCAGGUUUCUAUAGCAUGUAUGUGUUAGCAUUAGCAUAAGCUUUCACUCAGUUUUAAACAGAGAAUAAAGAAAAUAGUUUCAGGUAGUAUGUUAUCUGUCUUCAUGCUCCUCUGUACAAUACAGGUACAUCUCAAAAAAUGUGAAUAUCAUUAAAAAUGUCAUUGUUUCAGUACAUUUCAGUAAUUCAGUUUAAAAUGUGAAACUCAUAUAUUAUAUAGAUGUAUUGCACACAAAGCUAUCUAUUUUAAGCGUUUAUUUCUUUAUUUAUAAUUGAUUAUGGCUUACAGUCAAUAAAACCCAAAAAUCAAUGUCUCAGAAAAUGUAAAUAUUAUAUAAGACCAUAAGUGAGACAUGUCAUCUGCUGGUGUUGAUCCACUGUGUUUUAUAAAGUCUAAAGUCAGUGCAGUGUUUUCUUGGAAAAUCUUACAGCACUUCAUGCUUCUUCCCUCUGCUGACAACUUUUAUGGAGAUGUGGAUUUCAUUUUCCAGCAGGACUUGGCACACUGCCCACACUGCCAAAAGCACCAAUUGUACUUAUAUAAUAUUUUAAUUUUCCGAGACACUGACUUUUGGGUUUUCAUUGGCUGUAAGCUGUAAUAAUUAACAACAAUAAAAGAAAUAAACACUUAAAAUAGAUCACUCUGUGUGUAAUAUAUCUAUAUGGUAUGUGAGGUUCACAUUUUAAACUGAUUUACUGAAAUAAUGUAAUUUUUCAAUGACAACCUAGUAUUUCGAGAUGCACCUUUACUUCCACACUGCAGAUUCUAAAUAAACUCCUUAAUUUACCUUCUGAAAACUUUCCUUAGUGCUGCCAGCUGGACUAAAAUGUCUGAUAAUGACUGAAUACUGUGAUUAGGAACUGGAAUAAAACCUUAAAAAACAGAUGAUAAAUUAUCCAUUCAAAUAUAUUUGGAUGGGACCUAAUACCAAGUCA